GUGAACACGAGUGCAGCUUCUACGACAUCAAGUAAAACAUCUAAUAAGUCACUUGAUUUCAACGCUGUGAAGGAUUAUAGGAAGAGUGAAACGAAGAAGAAAAGAAAGCAGGAGAGUCCACCAACUGAUAGCAGUAAUGACAAAGAAGAGCUUAGAAAACCAACUAAACGGACAUACGAUAGAGUGAAAAGUCUAAAGGACAAUAUCGUCGAUAUUACACCUGAAAGUUCAUUUAAUGCUUCUGAUAACAAUGAUUUAACUCAUUACAAUCUUAGAAUGCAUAGACAGAAAGAACAAUAUGAGAAUAAGAAGAAAGAAGCUGAAGAGAGGGAUAAGCCACAGAGAAAUCGAUUCAAUUGGAUGCUAGAUGAUAUUGGAGACGAUAGCAGAAAAAAUUCAUCGGAUUUGAACGAAAGGGACAUUGAGGAACCCUUCGAAUAUAGGCUAAGUGAUACAGGCUCGGCUUCACCACCAAGCAUGGAUGACGCGAUUUAUAAUAUACCCUCCACUAGCAAAGAUAAAGACAUUCAUCGUAUACCAAGCAAAGAAAGUGGGAAGGCAUCAUCCAAGAAAGAUAAACCUCAGCUACAAAUGAGACUAGGUUCACCGAUGUCCAAAUAUUGUAGAAACAAAGAAAAAGAGCAACACAAUGCUAAGGAGAAAGCUAAGCAGAAAGAAAUAGCAGAACUUAGAGAGAGGUAUAGAGAGAAUGAGAAUUCAAAACGAUCGGCUAAAGAUAAGGAUAAGGAGACUAACAACAACUAUCAUACCAGAAUACAUAUUUCAAAUUCAGCAAACUUUGACGAUGAUGACGUGGAAAGCCGUGAAAUAUCACAGCAGAGACAUCAGACUAAACAGCGAAUUGAGAGUGACACUGACAGUGAUGGUGUUCAAGUUACGAAUCCAAUCUCACGAAAGAAGAAAUCGCCAAGGCAGGAUCAUAAACAACCUGAACGAGCUGAUAUCCUCGGCAGCUACAUAAAGGCACAAGCAAAAGGGCAAUAUGAUGAACGGCCGCCUGAAAAAGCACACAAUUCUGCGAAUACAGAAAAGGUGACGGAUAAUAUAGCAGACACUAUCGAGAAACCAUAUAAAGGAACGUCUAUUGAUAUAUCUGAUGAAGAUUCAUCCAGGAAACUAAUUGAUAAACCAAAGGGUAAACCACGGGCGAGACCUAGAGCCAUCGUUAGAGAACCAGCAGCCGAUCAAUCAUCAUUGAAAAGCUACUUUAAACCAACUAUUAAGGCACCAACGAACAACCUGUGUCCAGUUUGUGAUCAAGUUUUACCACAAUUUAAAUCACAACAUUUCAAGGCUGUUUUAAAGGAAUUCCUGAACGUUGCGAAGGUUUCACCGAGAAGUAGCAAUGCAUUUGGAAUGAGAGCUCACGUUUUAGCAGAAACUGAAUUGUGUACUGCACAUGAAUUGGAUACGAAGAUUAUACCAGAAGGACGCAAAAAGGGUUAUCCAUUUGAACAUGAUUGGAAUGAAUUAUCAGAUCGUAUAUUAAAGUUAUCAAAGAGUAUAAGAACAAUAGUCAAGACAAAGGAGAAUAGCAAAUUCUGGCAAAAAGCUAAAGAAGAAUAUCUCAAACGAGGUAGUAAAAGAGCUAAGGGGUUAGAUGCACAAUUUGAGCAUUUUGAAGAUGAGCAACCUGGAUAUUAUGGUGAAAUUGGAUUAAUGGUUAUACUUUUUAACUUGAAUUUGAUGGUUAGCAAUAAAUCAAAGAAGAAGAUAAAGAUAACAGACGAGAGUGUCCAUCCACUCACAUCUAAUGAUUUUAUGAGAAGAAUACUCGUACCGGAAGUUGCGAACUUGCUGAUAUCACAAGACAGGGCAAUAUCGAUAGAAAAAGCAGAAGAGAUAAGGAAAGAUAGUAGAGAAUAUGGCAACGCACUAUUUAGUUCUGAUAACAAGGAUAUAAAUUGGAGGCCGCCUAUUUUGGAGGAUAGUGAAUGACGUUAUCUAUCGUGUGAUGAGACAAAGUUGAUGUCUGAAUUUGGAAACUAAAGUAAUUUUCACUAAAACGAUAAAGAAUGAAAGUCCACCCAAAGUCUGCGAGGGAUUCCUAUAAUCAGAAAAGUCAGGAAGAGAUGUCCGGAUCACCGUUUGGAAUUGCAGCUAAUGCAGAGGGUGGAUACGCUGUUGGGGGUAAACAGAAUCUGCCUUUAGGGAAGGCGACCGUAUGGGAUAAGAUACUAGGAAAUUUAGAUUACUUUCUUGCUACGGUAACACGCUCCAGUGAUCAAAAGCAGCUUGCUAAGUUGAGGAAGUACGGCGGUAAAAAGGCCGUGAUAGGAGAAGCAAGAUCACCAAAGUUUUAAUAUUCUAACCAACAUAUCUAAAGCAAUCAGCUAGAGCUUUAAUUAAUAUAAAAUACGCUAUAAUUUCUCUAUACUUACAUAAUAUAAACCAUUGAUUGUUAAAAUUCCUUGAUAAGACGAAAUUCUGACUGAAUGUUUUUGGUAGUAAUACGAUAUCUUUAUUCUUAUGUUUACCGAGUGUUUUACCGUCUUUAAACUCGUUUAUUGAUUGUUUACCGAUCGAUACCAAACCAUUAACGUUUAGUAAGAUGGAUGAUAGCUCAUUUGUGCUCACAUCUUGAAUAGGAUGGCAGUCCCAGCUUUGUAUCUCAUGCAACGUUAUCGGUAGACUUCUGAAUAAAUUGUCUAGACUAUCUAAACCUUGUAUUGGUGUACCAUUCCAUACUACAGCAGAACUGUCAUUAUAAAACUCCUUUAGAUUCUCCCUUUGAUAGUCUGUAACUUUGUAGUAGUUCUCUACGAAUGAAUCCGAUGUAUCGUUUGAGAAGUCGAUGAUUUCUUUUGC